AAUCGUGAAUGUAUUGCCGAUAAUAAUCAUUGAUAAUCUCUUUUUUUUCGCUUAGUCAUUUUUAAUAAAAUGGUCGCGCCUCACAUACGUUUGUCUCAAAGUGCCGAGUAUCGUGAAAACUAUAUCGUACAAGAAAACAAACUAUGGUGUCGAUUUUGCAAUGUAGAAAUUGAUCAUGAAAGAAAGAACUCUGUAGAUAAACAUAUUAAAACAUUAAAACACCUUAAUAAUAAAAACAAGAAUAAUUCUAAUUUGUUAAUCCAAAGAACUUUACCUUCUUUUGAAAAUACACUAAAUGAACGAGAAAAAAUUAAUAAAGAGAUAGUGGAAGCAUUUACUUAUGCAGACAUUCCUUUGGAAAAAAUUGAGAAAUUAAAACCAUUUUUAUUAAAUCAUUGUAAAAAUGCGGGCUUAAUUACUGGAGCAAAUCAACUUCGUGAGAAAUAUCUUCCAUUAUCAUAUGAAAUAGCGCUCCAAAAAUUGAAAAAUGAUGUCAUCAAUAAAAUUAUUUGUUUGACAAUUGAUGAAACAACAGAUCGUUGUGGCCGGCAU